CCUUUACCGGCCGUUUAUGUUGGAUAGGAGACAUUUAUACAGAUAAGCCAUGAUGUAAAGGGUGUUGUCCUCUAUAUUUAAAUUAUGGCACGUUGUACUGUCAUUGGUACACGUCCAAGAUAAAACUACCAAGUUAAUUUUGUCUUGAAUAUAUCCAAACACCAGGGAAUGGAGGUUGCCCCUAUGUAGACACUACUCAUCCUCCAACGUUAGACGAGGUAUUGGUCGAUAUGUAGCCUCCAGGCUCCAGAGUGUAAAUAGCAAAUAUGAAGGUUUCCUCAAAAGGCGAUUUCCUCGCUUUUUUCAGCUCUACCACACUUUUAUGGAAGAUACUGUACAUAUGGAGCACUUAUGGAGUAGUAUGGUGGUUCGAUUCCCGGCUCCUCCUGUUCACAAGUCAUGGCCAGGCCAGCACCUUGCAUGGAUUCAAGCUACUGUUCAAAGAUGCCAAAGAUGUGCGGAGGAUAAAAACAAAGAUGUUCUCUGAGGGAGUACAGUUCCAGGAUUUGUCCUACAGGGAGAUGGAGAAACUCAGACAGUUUCGCAGAGACCUGUUCAAGGCCCUUCCGCUGGUGGUGAUAUCCAUCCCUCCCUUUGCCAACUACCUGGUUUUUGUCUUGAUGUACUUUUUCCCCCGCCAGCUCCUGAUUCCUCAUUUCUGGACUCCCAGGCAGCAGGUAGAGUUUCGGGCAGUGUACCAUUCCCUCAGGGCCCGGCACCACUGGCCAGUACUCAAAGGGCUCGAGUAUGCGAGCCGCCAGGUCAAAGACAGUCAGCUACAGAGUCGUCUUAAGGACCUGUGUGCUAAAGUGCAAAGUGGAGAAAACCCUAAAGUGUCUGAAAUCCUUGCCGUUCGGAGCCUGUUUUCUGGACCCCCUCUGGGUAUAAAGAGGAUGAGCGUGGAUCAAAUGAGACACAUCAGCCCCCUGCUCUUCCUGACGCCUCGCCUCCCAGGUUUCCUGAUUGGCCGGCGGCUAAACAGCCAUGCCCUGGAGCUGCUCCAGCUGGACCGGGCCCUCAGCAGGUUGGGCCCUCACCAGCUGAGUGACUCUGAAGUCAGGCAGGCUUGUUAUGUAAGAGGCCUCAAUUCUAAUAGUCUUGGCAUUAACCAGUGCCAUGAGUGGUUAUCCCAGUGGCUUCAGGUGUCCUCCUCUUUGAAAGCCUCAGAGGUGUCACUGCUUUUGCACAGCAUUGUAUUUCUCUCUGCCAACUACCCGCAUGGUCCCAGCCGACGCUGACAGGAAGCCUGAAGCAAUCUGCUUUUGAGAUUACGUUCUCUUUUGUGCGCUGGGCAGCACAACUUCUUGAGAGUUGUCAGCCUCUCCUUUUUGCUGAGGGAAAAAAAACUGUUCUUGGCAAGAUUGAGGUUUAAGAAGAAAUAAACUGUCUUGGCCCAAAACUUGAAGCGGGUUUGCAGUAAAGAAAAGGAUCCCAUUAAUUCUAGACACCUUAGAACGGUCCUAGUUCCCAAUUAAAGUUCCAGUGUCAGCUAUGAACAUCUCCACUCAUCUGAAGUGACGAAUACCACAAAGUACAUACCUAGAUAACAGGAUUUCCUUUGGAAAAAUAGGGUGAAUCUAUGGUGUCUUUAUCAGGGGAGAAUAAGACAGGUGUAUUUAGGCUUAAAAAUCUUGCUUAGAGGAGCUCUCAUGUAAUUCAGACCCUCAUGAGGGACUGAAAUUUACAUGCACUGAACUAUAUUAAGAUGUUGAGGUAAUAUGAUUACCUGUCAUUGUAAUUCAAGCUUGUUACCACUGUAAAACGCAGACUUCUAAGCUAACACAUCAUUACACAGCUACAGUGACAAGCAGGGAAACAAAGAGGAUACUGUUUAGUAAAAGUCCAGCAGUAUUUUGGGCUCUGUUUAAUAUUUUGCUUGUGCAAUGGUAAAAUUGUUCAGACACAUUCCAUUCAUAAAAAUACCCCUUUUUAUGUGAACAUGUUUUUGUUUUUUACAUGUUCGCAUGAAACAUGUACUGUAUCUUCUCAUACAUUUACCUCACUUUGUGCUCUGCUCUUACGUCUUUACAAUGAAUAAUGCUGGUCGUGGCAAAAUUGUUAACAUGUGAAAGGGGGAUUCUGUGGCAACAGUCUUGAGGGAAGGAUAGUUUUGUCAAACUGGUCGACCUCAAAUCAGUAGAUUACACAAAGGCACCUUCUAAAAGGAAAAAAUGUUGAUGGAUCCUAAAUAGAGAUUUAAAAAAAAAAAAAGCCAAAUUAUUACUUUAGCCAUUGCAAAGACAUUCAAGCUUGUUCGUGUGGUGAGAAGCUGAACUGAUUAUUGUACAGUAGAUUAAUAAGGUGCAGCGCAGCAUUUACAAGCUGUCUGAAAAGAGUUGUGAUGGCACUUUACUUUAUUGUUAACUUGACGUUUUCUUGCUUUGGAGGCUUAAAGUGAUCCUGGUCUGAUCACACAAUUUCAUUCAAGCUUUUUGCCAACUUUGUGUUAACAGCAUGAGGAACUGCACGUCCCUUGUGCUGGUGUUUGGUGUGAAGUGUAAAAAAGGAAAUGUCAUUUGCUUCCUGUGCCUUUUGCAAGGACUGGCACAAUACAUCUGAAAUAUGAGCUGCAAAAGUUAUUCUCUUUUAAGAUUUAUUUUAAAAUAUGUGCUAUUAUUUGCUCAACAGGUCUUGAAUGUUGUGUUGCUGUGCCAAUAUUAUAUACAUUGUAAUGGAACAGUGUCUGAAAUAAAGACUUUAUGGUGCA